CUUUAAUGUUCACCUAACCUAAUAAGUUGUACCUAGGUAGUUGUACUUGGUAGCUUCAAGUUUCACUUUACAUCCAAACCAACUCCUGUCUUCUUAUUCUACGUUCUUAUUCUACGUAAUACUCUAUACGAUUGCUGACAUCAGAUUACGAAUGCGACUAAAAUAUCAUAUAUACCCCGAUCAUGAAGUAAUGGGCCGCUAAAGCUGUUUCGCCAUGGAACAGCCAUUCUCCACCUCCAAAGUUACAGUCGAAUAUUUCGACCCCCACGAUGUCUUCAAACUUCUCGCGCCUGGAUUAGUGCCCCGACUACCUUUGCGCAACCUCCAUUGGCAAUCUCAUGCUGGCCCCUUACGAUCUAUCGAUACGCUUCACAUCGAGCUCGUCUCCCCCGGCGACAAGACUUCUGUUACCUCCUCAUUAUCCCCACAACCUCCAACUCAGCAGCCUGAUAGUGCUUCUUCCCGUGAAGAUGGCUUUCAAACACAGAUCGGAGCAGCAUCGUCCUCUGACGCAGUCGACCUGGCUUCGAGUCGCAACAGUGCACCCGUGCGACGACACCAGAUCCCUGGACUAAGGAGGACGCCUUACCUCAAGGUGCUACUAGUACGAUGUGAUGAUAAUGACUCUUAUAAGGGACAUGUAAGGCAGGAGAUCCGUGAUUGGGUAAAAAACCAUACACCAACGACCGGCUCUAAGAGGAAUACGACCGAGAACCACGAUGCCUUCGAAUGGCUUAUCAUUCAUGUAGUCAUACCGAACACAGUUGCUGCCACUCAACCACGAGACUCGGGCACCGUAACCGAAAAGGCCACAGCUGCUUCCAGAUGGAGACCUGGGUCGAGCACGCUCCUCGAGAAGAUGAGGUCUGAUUUCAAUGUUUCUAGUAAAGCGUCUUCAGAUCGAAUCGCUCAAAUUCGAAUCGGUGUCAACGAUGUUCCGUACGAUAUUCUACCACGCGUGGUACCUGCAGUACCUAGUGGUUAUACCGAAACGGAACAAGAAACUGAAAAUUCCUGGACCGAUCUUAUAUCUAAAUUUCGCAGUCUCAUUCUAUCUAGUUUUGAUCUACGCGUCACUCUAUACGAGGAAGAUAUUAGAGAGAAGGACGCCCAGAGAAGUCUACCUGGGUGGAAUUUCUGCACCUUCUUUAUCCUAAAGGAGGGACUUGCUCGAGGCUUCGAAAGCGUAGGGUUAGUAGAAGAUGCGUUAGUUGGGUAUGAUGAAUUAAGUGUAGGUCUGGAUGUGGUCGUUAAAGACCAAGCCUCGACAGGGGAAGAGUCUGCCGCAAAUGCGCUAUUAAGCUACACCGACGAUAUAAAACAAAUCGCUCUCAAGGCUAAGGCCGCGAUUGCUGGCGCUGGGGACGAUGGCGAGGAUGAAUUAGUCGACCUGCAGUUCUCCCCAGCCGAGGGGGCCCAACAUAAGGAUUUAUACCACGAUAUACCCAUCAGCUCUACUAAAAAGUCGUAUCGCGACAUGAUCGUCGCCAAUAAUGUUUCCGUUUUCGAUUUUAGGUGUUACAUCUUUUCGAGGCAAAUAGCUCUCUUACUUCGGCUUGGGAACGCAUGGUCGACGAGGGAAGAAUUACUCGCGAAAUUAAAAGAGCAACAGGAAUCGGUUUUACACGGCGUUGCGCCUCGGGCACAGCCACCCAAGCAGAAGGAAAAUGAACACGAGGAUCUAACCAUGCUUGCGGAGAUAUGCCGCCGCACACUUGACUUUAUUCCCACAGUCUCCCAAGUUAUGAGACAUGAUGUUUUUGCCGCACUUUCAGAGAUGGCGAAAGCAAAUGGAGAUGACGAUGCGAUUCCAAAGCAAUCUGAUCCUCUUAUAUCAGAGAUCGUCGAUAACCUGGUGGCUUCCUUCGCCUUCUCCGUCGCACAGCAGAUCCUAGCUCAGACUUCUACUAAGGCCCUGCCAAUACCCCCAUCUACUCUACCUACGCCUGACAGCCAAGAACAGAAAGCAACGAUCCCUGAACCAAAGACGAUGAUGCAUCCAGCUAGAAAUUCGUCCUUGGCGAUACGGACUGGUAUUGGCGCCAACGUUGGUCGCCCGCCUCUAAGCCCAAACAUAUUCCCUGGUCGCAAGCCGAGUUUGACGGACGAUCAAGGAUCUACGUUCCUGAAAGCUGGGUUGGAAGAGCUCGCUGCUAAGAGAGCAGAGCUCUACAUCUUAUCAAGGAACAUUCUCGCUGAAUGUGGAAAGAAACGUGGGUGGACCGAUGGGUGGGAUAAUGUCCCGGUCAUGGGGGAGUCCAGCAUGAUCGACAUGGUUGAAAUUGACCUCGGAGAUGAUACAAAGAAAACACCGGAGGAUGAGUCCUCGGCUGAUCGUGAAGCUGUGGUUUCAAUCUAUGGCAUUGGCAGUAAGCUGCUUAAUACGGCGCUCGGCAAUAGCGAGGACUUUUACCGUUUAUAUGAAAUCCUUACUGACAAGGCAUUACGGCAUUAUACUGUUGCAGACCAUAUUCACUCAGUAAAAACUAGCUUGGCAGACAUUGCAGUUCUCAAGUACCACCUUGGCGACUAUGCAUCGGCUGCCGCCUCCUUUUGGGAAACAACCCCUUUCUUUGGUGAAAGUGGAUGGAGCCUCCUCGAAUUAUCUAUGUUGAUAAUGUACUCGAGGUGUCUUGAGAAGCUUGAACGCAAAGAAGAGUAUGUCAAAGUUAUGCUGAAACUCUUGACGAAGGCGGCUGCAGCAGAGAGAGACCGCCAGGAACAGAAGCUGGCGUUUCGUUUUGGGAAGACGGAUGAUACUGAUUAUCCGGACAGCGAAGCUAUCAAGGGAUCCUUGGACAGCCUGUUGUCAGCAACAAAGACAUUACCGAACGAACUACGGAUACCCCUUACCAGCUUCUUUUCCGUGAUAGAGGUCGACGGCCCCCCAGAGUAUCACCAAGACCGAGAUUCCGUCUCUCUUAAUCUGAAAGUGAGCAGUUUAUUAGCAGACAAUAUCCAAAUUGACACUGCGAGAGUACGGAUUGUCAGUCCAAACAGUCGGUCCGCGAAAGAAAUCUGGUUUGAGCUCCCGGAGCCAACAACAUUCAAGCCGGGCAAAAACAAGCUCAAGCUAAGCAGCAAUUCUGUGAUUCCUGGAUCCUAUGAGAUCGACAAAGUAGAUAUCGCAGCUGGUAACCUGCGUCUCCAUCAUGAACGCGAAGUAGGCCAACCCGUCAGCAAAGGGUUUGAUACCUUUCGAUCUCCAUAUGUUGUCAUCUACCAUAGAGCCGACACGCUAGACGCACGAAUACAUGCGUCCAAACAUAUCCAGUUAGAUCGAAACACCACGGUAGAUCUCGACUUAGACUCUGGCUGGAACAGCUUGAAUAGCGCAGAGAUUCGAGUCAAGUCGGCUACAGGAGGUCUAAGACUUCUCACUAGCGAGGCAAAGUGUAUCAAUUCUUCCGUGGAUUUCUCUAAACCUCCAGAGGCUGGCCUCUUUUGUUUUGACUCAAUACCUAAGAACCAAACUGUUCGAAUCCGCUUUCCAUAUACUGUAGAACAGGAAAGUCUCAACAUAUCCAUACGCGUUGAAGUAUCUUACACCACGGAUAAUGGCACAUUCUUCUUCUCGAAGACCCCUAUUAUUGAUACUGCUCUCGCUCUUGGCGUCAACGUCCAAGACGUUUUCAAACACAAAGCACUUUACUCUCGCUUCACCGUCUCCACUGCGAGUCACAUCCCGCUACGGUUGUUUAAGAGCGAACUGAUUGCGUCAGAUGUGUUCGAGUCGGAGUUUGGUACAUCGCCUAGUGCCCCUGUCGUCGUAUUUCCGAAGCAACCAGCUAGCCUUCUUUACAAAAUUAAGCGUAAACCAGGCGUCAAGAUCAACUCCAAAACCAAGAAGACGCUGUAUCUUAGAAUAUGUUACAGUGUCUUACAAGAUGAAGUCGUAUCCCUAUUCGAGGACUCGUUAACCGAGUCUUUGGAAGACAAUCCGCUACGCCCCUUUUCCCGACUUCUUUGCUCAACUAUAGCGCCUCACGUACGACGCAGCCUUACGGGAUACGAGCUAGAACGCGCGGCUCUGCUCCGAUCAGUACCUACCGUAUUCUUGUCGUCGGUCAAUUGGGCGAAAUACUUCACGGGGCUAGGUAAGACGCCGGACGGAGUUGAUUACUCACAGGCUUUGGUAUCUUUUCUCCGCACUUGGCAGACUGAGAAUCCCAGAUUGGUGUUCGAAACGGCCUCUGUCCCCGCCGAGCCCAUUUCGAUCCUCAUUCCAGUGGACAUACCAUCCUUGACCAUCGUCCACACAGCGGAUAUCCGCCUACAGAACCCCCCCAAGCCAUCUCUCGCCUUCCCUUCCUCGCUGUCCAACUCGGUCACGCCCACAGUGUACACCAACCAGCUACUCCCUGCUGUUCUGUACCUAAAGUGGACCCGCAUAUGGGAUACCACGACGCCAACCUCCGAACAAGCCGACCUCGAGUUCAGCUACGAGCUCGCCGCACCCCAAGACACCUGGCUCCUCGGCGGGCGGCGAAAGGGCCACUUCGUCAUCCCCGCCCCCUCCGACGACGCACCCUCCAGCAUCAGCAGCACCCCCGACACCGAGGCCGCCAUCCCCAUCCUCCUGAUCCCCCUCCGCGAGGGCUGGCUCCCCUACCCCACCGUCGACAUCCAGGAGAUCCGACCCCUCGAUGACCCGGUCGCCGUCGCCACCACGCCGCUCGUACCGGGGCAGUCGCACUUCGAGACGGAUUCGAGGAACCUCGGCGAGACGGUACGGGUGGUGGCGGAUAGGACGCGCGUUACGCUGAGCUUGGACGCGAGUGGGCCGGCGGGGGGGCCGCUGGUGUUGGAUGUGGAGAGGAGGGCGGAUAUUGAGGUGGAUAUUGGGAGGGUUGUUGCCUAGGUGCCCUAGGUACUGGGUGAUUACAAAGAAGCUUGAAGCUUGUUGCUAGGUAGAUUACUAUUCUAACCUAGUAAACUAGCUAAGCUACCUCUUAGGUGGUGGUGGGGGAAUGGAUGCUAAAAUGGAAAUGGACUGAUUGGAUGAUGUGAUGGGUUAGGUACAUAGGUUAGUGGUAGGUAGUACUAGGUAGACGUGAGAAUGAAGCCAUAUUACUACUGGUA